GAAAGUAGAAAUCGCCCACUAUCCCAAUAUAAAUUAGGUGACGUAAUAUUUAACACAGUUGACAAGGAAAAAGAUCUUGGGGGUAAUCAUAAACAGAAACCUAAUCCCAAAUGAUCAUAUAAAUGAAAAGGUCCAUAAAAUGCUAGGGCUGAUUACCAACAUGAAGAUGGAAUUCGUUUAUGUGGACGAAGAUAUGGUAAAAAAGAUCAUUACAGUAAUCAUAAGACCUAGUCUUGAGUACGGUGCAGUGGUAUGUAGUCCACACUUUUAAAAAAAGGAUAUAGACAAACUGGAAACAGUUCAAAGAGCGGCCACAAGAUGGACACAUCCACAAAGAGUAUAGACUAUAUAGGACUUACUACUUUGGAAGAAAGGAGGAAAGGGGGGACAUGAUUAUGCUGUUCGACUGUAUUACAGGAAAUGUGACGCUAGAUAAAGAUGACUUUAAUCUUGAACUCAAGAAGAACGAGAGGACACAACAAAAAGUUGAAAGUAAAAAGAGGUAAUAGAGAUGUCAAAAAAUUUAGUUUCCCAAACAGAACUAUUGAAGCAUGGAACAGUCUUAAUAAAAAAAAAACGAAGUGUGUGCCAAAAAUGUGUAUCAAUUAAAAAAAUUAUACGACAAUUUAUAUAUAGCAGACGGGUACACCUGAAUUUAACUCUUCUGUAGUGAAACAGCUAGGUAGGUAAGGUAGGAACACACAUACAUAUAUUCAUAUAUGUAAAUAUAUAUAUGAAUAUAUAAAUACAUGUUUACUUCUGUACCUGUACUGAGAGUGAGACAAAGUUUGAAACUGUUACAUAUAGGAUCCCUCUCCUCGCAGGCUCGUAGGCAGCGGUAAACAAAAACCUAUUUCAAGUCCGGUGAUUCUUGUGCAUACAUUCCUUUUCCAUCUUUCGCUGAACACCAAAUGAUUAUGCAGUAAUGGCCAGGACAAAACUUUUGCAAAAUGGUUAAGUGAAAAUACAGCAAAACCAAGACAGUGCACUACAUACACUAAAAAUGUAGUUGCAAGGAUAUAGAUUGGAGGAAAGCUUUUCCCCCUAUCCCAAAACUAACCUUCCAAUACUCCCUACCACAAACAAGUAAAGAUAAAACAGUAAGCAUCACACUGCAUUACAGAACUCCAGAAUGCCCAACAUGACUAGUGAAACUCAGGAGAAGAUCAUGUCAUCCCCAGUCCUUAGAAGUCAAAGACUAUCAAGGAAAGCAGUUUUUCGAAAUGCACUGACAGGUAAGAAUGACGCGUGUGUUUCGAAAAGCCCCCAAAAUGUAGGGCAAAAAUCACAUUGUGGUCCCUUGUCAUCACCUGUCCUUAGGAGCCAAAGAAAAAUGAGGUGUUGGGUUGGUGGGGCAGCCGAUGAGAACACACCCACCAGGAAGAGGCCAAGAGAACAUGAUGAAAGGCAAACUACCAAGAAGAUAGAUACUCCAAAAAGCACAACUCCAAGGUCAAGAAAGUAUGCAGAAAUUGACAGCCCUUCAACUGCAUUCAUGAAUCAUGAUGACUCCUUCCUAGAAAGUGUCAAUUUUGAUGAGCUGGACUCAUUAGAAUUAACUCCAAUUGAAAAGCCAAAGAUUUUAAAUAACAACAGAAUGCCUUUGUCUAACAGUGGUUUACAUUCAAGCCCAUAUCUGCUACGUAAAACCCCACGAAGAAUUAACCUUCAGAACACAAGUGAAUUCAUUCAGCCACCAAGAAUAUGUGCCAAUCCUAACACAGCCACUAAAGCUAGAAAACAAGUGUUUAGUGACUUUUGUAAAGAGAAGGUAAUUGUUGAUAACUGUAUUAAAACAAGUGUUCCAAAAGAAGUGUCAAUGUAUGAGGGAACUGUUAUUCCAGAAAGCAGCUGUAGUACAAAUAGUAGCCAUCAACAUCUUAUGUCCAGUGUUAAUUGCAGUGCCCAGGCAGACAAUAAUAUCACAAAAGCUAAUUCCAAGAAGACAUCUGGGAGAAGUUCGCCUGAUAUUUUUGGGGAAGAACAGUUGGAUUCUCAGUUUGAUGAUACAUUUGGUCUCACAGACACCCAAAUGUCAUGUCUGGAUGAAGCAUACUUUGAUGGGAGCAGUGACCCAUCACGCAAUACCCAAGAUUUCAUUAAACCUGAUGCAAAAGUUGUAGUGAAAUCCACUUCUAGUCAUGAAGCAGCUAAUAUUAAGAAUAAUACAUCCCAAGAGAUUUCUCCCACAACCUCAAAUGGACAAGCAACACAUAAUAAAUCAGGAGAUUCAUUUGGUUCUCCAGACUCACAGCUUAGUUUCAUUAGCACACAGGGAUCUCAGGCACUUCUGGAUCGUUUUCAGAACAGGUUAAAGGAUGCAGUGACUUCGAAUCAGACUGAUGCACCCAUCAAGACUGCUACUGAGCGUCGGGCAGAAGUUGUUGCUGCAGUGAUGGAAGCUGUAGAAAUGACCUCAAAUGAUGACUUUGAACUUGGUCCAUUCUUUGGACUCCCCUCCAAGGUGCUAGAUGUGCUCAGGGCUCAUCGUGGCAUUUCAAAGCUCUAUGAUUGGCAGGAAGAGUGUAUUAUUAAAGGCUCAGGCUCAGAAAACCUCAUCUUUUCUCUCCCAACAAGCGGUGGGAAGACCCUGGUGGCGGAAGUGCUGAUGCUGCGGCAGUUGCUCCUCAAGAAACAAAAUGCACUUCUAAUUCUUCCCUAUGUGGCUCUUGUCCAAGAAAAAGUACGUGGCCUGGCACCUUUUGGAGUGGAGCUAGAGUUUCUUAUUGAAGAAUAUGCUGGAAGCCGUGGAUCAUUCCCUCCCAAGGCUAAGCGGAAAAAGAGUGUGUUAUAUAUAGCUACAAUAGAGAAGGCUUCUGGACUUGUGAAUGCACUCCUAGAAACCGAUCGCAUGCAGGAGUUGGGACUUGUGGUAGUGGAUGAAGUCCACAUGCUGGCUGAGCCUGGGGGUCGUGGUGCCAUGUUGGAAUCCAUCAUAACCAAGUUGCGCUAUGCUGCUCGGAAGGUCCAGCUGGUUGCGAUGAGUGCCACAGUUGGUAACCUGAAUGAGUUGGCAAGCUUUUUAGGAGCACAGUUAUACACAGGAAACUUUAGGCCUGUUGAGCUGGCAGAGUAUGUGAAGAUUACCAACCAGAUUUGGGAAAUAAACACUGCUGCUCGUGUUGAAGAAGAUUUGUUAAAGAAUAAGCGUCUGAGUUGUUUUCCUUACUCUCAGGAGCAGAAGAAAAUUGACGUUGAUAUGGUGGGUGGUUUAGUGGGUGAAGUAGUGCCUGAACAUUCGUGCCUUGUCUUCUGUCCUACGAAGCGUAACUGUGAGACUUUAGCAGAGCUCAUAUGUCGAAUUCUGCCCAAGGAAUUGACUAAAAUUCGAGUGACUGAUAAACGCGCUCUCUACCGUGCCCUGUCUGAAGAGGGGUCUGGGGUUGUGUGCCCUGUUUUGAGAAGAAUCAUCCCAUAUGGUGUUGCAUAUCAUCACUCUGGGUUGACUGAAGGAGAGAGACGCCUUAUUGAAGAGGGUUACCUUGCUGGAACUCUGUGUUGCCUUUGUUGCACUUCUACUCUUGCUGCUGGUGUCAACCUUCCAGCUAGAAGAGUAAUUAUCCGGUCACCUUACACUGGGAGUGCCUUUCUCACACGUGCAAGGUACAAACAGAUGGUAGGACGGGCAGGACGUGCAGGCCUUGACACAUGUGGGGAGAGCUUCCUCAUUCUCCAGCCAAAAGACACAAAAGAAGCUGGACUACUUUUGCUGUCUCCAAUUGAAGUCUGUACAUCCACACUGGCAAAUCAAGUUGGCAUGGAACAACUGGUGUUUACUUCGUUGGGCUUGGGAGUAGCUGUAACACUUCCGCAGUUGAAAGCUCUGACCCGACGUUCACUUCUCGCCCUUCAAGCUAAUAGGCUGAAUAUAGAUGUGGAGCCACAGGUGGUUAAGAUUGUGGAGGACCUAAGAGCUCAAGGUCUUGUUCGUAUUAAAGUUGAUGUCGUAGAACAAAAGUCAUCUGGAGGAACUGCACCUAAAAGUUCAGGAAACAAAGCUAGCCAGAGUGAGCAGUCCCAGAAUUCUACAAUAUGUAGUUCUUCCUUUUCAAGCCCUCCAUCUCUUGAAAAUGAUAUGGCUCAGAUUAUAAACCGUCCCAUCAGUGAAAAUGACAUACUUACUGUUAGUAGACUUGGCAGGGCAGCUGUCAAAGGGAAUGUUGAACUGAAGCUAGCUGGACAACUUUACAAGGAUCUUUGCCUUGCACGUGAGAAUCUUGCUGUCAACAGCCACCUUCAUCUUUUAUUCUUAGUGACCCCUUAUGAUGCAGCAGAGAACAUUAAGAUUGUACCGGAUGUUUACUACAGUGCGUAUAGUAAACUUGCUACAGAUGAGGUUAAAGUUGCCAAAGUUUUGGGCAUCACAGAGGCUGUAAUGGUCAGGAUCAACAUGGGUCAGAAUGUAAAGAAAGUGAAGGAAUCAGUUUUAAAGCGCUUUUAUUUGGCCCUCCUGCUCUUCCAACUGUGGUCUGGUAUGGGUAUAUGGGAGGCCAGUGAAAUGUUCCGAAUACACAGGGGCUUCACACAGCAAGCACUGUCAUCUGCAUCAGCAUUUGCAUCCUGUGUCUUCCAUUUUUGUCAGGAAUUGGAAGAGUUGUGGGCAUUCAGAGAUCUUUUAGCCAACUUUACUCGUCAGUUGUCGGGUUGCUGCACAGCUGAAUUGCUUCCUCUGUUAGACCUGCCUUCUGUGAAAAAGGGCAGGGCACGUCUGCUUUACAAUGCUGGCUAUCACACACUGAAAGACAUUGCAAAUGCUAGUGCAAUAGAUUUGACUCGGUGUGUUGACCACCUGCCAUUACGCACUGCUGCACAGAUUGUUAGUUCAGCAAAGAUGUUACUGCUAGAGCAGGCAGAAGCGCUGCAAGGUGAAGCGGAAGAGGUCCUUUCAGGUCUUCGAGAACAUGCAUCAGGGACAGAUAUGCCGGCCAAAACUAAAGCCCAAUCUGAGUGAGGAGAGAGCGGCUUUGUCAGAAUUGCAAAAUAGUGUCUUGAUUUACAAAGGAUGAGAGAAGCAGUGUGUUUUACAAAAUCAGGUAAUGUAUCUGUGGGUAUUCAUAUUUUUAUACAAAAUUGAUAUGAGGAAAAGUUUGUUAUCCACAGUUUCAGAUCGAGGUUUGCAAAUGACAGGAAUUUAUUGUCUCCCCCUAAGCAGGUGAAAAGUAAUGUAAUGAAUGAAAGUGAAAUUCACAGAAUUACAGUACAAGAUAAAUGUAUUCUAUAAUAUUCCAUGUUUUGUUCAUCACUGUUGUUCAUGCUGUAGAAGGCCAUUUUUAUUUGCUUUAGAUAGUAGGAGAAAUGUACAAAUUAAGAAGGUUUGGAUACAUUUGGCUAAUUGAUGAAGAUUAUUUUUCUAUGAAUAAUGCUUGCACAGAGUGAUAUAAACAGUUGCAGUGGCAUUUCAUGUGAUAUGAUAUAGUUUUGACAUAAAGCACCUUUUAUGACAGUAAGUUGUAACACAUUUUGAAGCUUAUCAUCUUUAGUAGUAGAAAGUCAAGAGACAUGAAACUUUGUUGAAGUAACAAGUAUUGAGAAAAUAUACAUUCCAACUUGGUAGUAGGAGGAUUUAUGAACCUCUCUGAAAUAUGUAACCACUGGUUGUUAUUUUGUUAUCAUUGUUAUUUUUUAUUUAUUUAUUUUGUAAUUUCUUUAUGAAAAGUUAUUUCUGGCAUGUCUUCUCUCAGCAUAAAUAUACACAAACUGAAAUACAUUGAUGUUACUUAAGUUGGCUGUCCCCUGUGAUUAUCUUCAUUAACAUAUUUUGAAGUAUGUGAUAUUUAUCUUUAAGUGAUAUAUUGAGUAUGACUAUAAGUAAUCUAAGAAGGGCUGCAGAAUGCUCUUUACUUUUAAUGUAUCUCCUGUACUUGUUUUGAAUUUUAGUGUGACUAUUCAUGAUUCUUUCAACUUGUAAUCUCUAUAUGAUAUAUAUUUAUAUAUAAUGCUUUGAAGAUUUAAAGUUCACUUUGUUAUACAGAUUUAUUUUCUUUAAUUGAAAGGAGAAAUCUGAUUUUUUGCAAAGUAGGUUUGCAUUGUCUUGUAUAAAAGAUGUCUAAAUGUAUUUCAUUGGUUAUUUGGUAUUUUUAAACUUGGUCUUUUUGGUGAUAAAGCUUUAGGCUAUUUAUCCUAAACUUGAACUUUUGUACUUCAGGGUUGUUCUUCUAUUGGAGUUGAUAUAUGAGCAAUAUAAGAAUGUCUUCUUGAGUGAAUGAGAAGCACUUUACUGCAAUUGAUAUUUUCUUAAAAGAUGUUUUUAAGGUGCACCAUAUGUUUCAUAAUAUUUUAGUAUUUUGUGUCUGUAAGCCAGAGUGUCUAUUAAAACUGUGUUACCAGUGAUGAUUGUAAUGCCUACCUUUUAAUCACAAAAUGGUGGCAAUGUAUAAGCAUUGAAAGAUUAUAUGUAAAUAAUGAUUUUCUUUUCAAAAUAAUAUUUUUUAUAUUUU